AACUCGAACCCGAGCAGAACGACCGACCGUACUUCUGGUUCCCCGUCCACCUCCUCCCCACCGCGCGAUCCAUGGCGUUCGCCGGCAUCCGCUCCGGCGUCCUCAGAUCGGUGGCGGGUGUGGACGGUCUCGCCGCCGCCGCCGCGGCGCGCCCCACUCCUCUCCUCCCGCGCGUCCACCUCGCCGGCGACGGCACGGGGCGGAUGGCGACCACCAUCGGGUUCUGCCCCCGUCUCAGAGCCGCGCCGCCGUCCUGCAAGAAGGCGGAGGCGGACCCGGCGCCGUCUCUCCAGGAUGCGGUGGUGGCGGUGGAUGCUGUGCUGCGUGCCCCUCCACCUCCCCAAGAGCAUGGCGGCAAGAUGGCGGCGAUUCUGGAGUUUCUGAAGAAACACUCGCUCAAUCUACUGAUCCUUGCCCUGUGCCUCUUCGUGGGUGCGCUCGCUUUCAAGGGAGAGGAGAAGGUGAUCGUUGCGGUGACUGACGAGGAGAAGGCGAUUAUCGCGGUGAAAGUGUGCGACAAGGCUAACAAGAUAUACAACAUCCUCUCCAAGAUCGCGCCGAUUGUGGUGGACUUCAUCCGUAUUUUUGGACGGUAGCUAACUGCCAUCGAAGAUGUGAAGAGUACUUUGGCCCAGGAGUCGACAUUAUGCAGAUAAUAGGAGGUUGAGGUUGAUACUAUGCAGGCAAUAGGAAGUUUACCUAGAUAGGUUCAGUGGAUUUAUUAGCUAGAUAUAUUCAGGAUUUGAUUUGCUGCCCUAUGUCACACAUAUAAUCCAGUUUGUUUGGAUUUAUUAGCUAGAUAUAUUCAGGAUUUGAUUUGCUGCCCUAUGUCACACAUAUAUCCAGUUUGUUUUUGAUGGGUAGCACCGUGAUGCUCGAAGGGAUAUCGUCAUAUCGACACAUGUUGGCACAUUUUAAGCUGGCCCAUUUUAUAUCUGAAAUAUAUGUGCUUUGGUUUUUUCUGCGAA